AUGUGGAUUUUCCACAAUUUGUUCAACUUUGAUAAAGAGCAGCCGAUUAUGUACCAGUCAAAAUUCACUGAUCAACAGUGGAAACAAAUAAUUGAGGCAUUCCCAGAAAACGUCCCACUGCCUAAAGUGACUUGUCCUUCAGAGGAUGAGCAACAAUAUACGAUAAACAAAAGAACAUCUAAAAAGGACGCUAAAUGCGCCACCUGUAAAAAAGAAUUAUCAGAGGGUAAUAUCCAAGCCACAACAGAAGGCCCUUACAGGACAAUACAGAAGUCCUGGAUUAAAAGGACAUUCUUCUUUUGCCCUCGUUUGCAGUGCAUGGGAAAAUUGCCGAGGAAUUCUUUUAUUUGCCCA